AUGGUCGGCAGGAUCGCCUUCUGGAGCGGCUUCGGCUUCGCCGUCCGCUUCUGGCAAAUGGGCAUCGAGAUGCGCCCCUUCUUCAACAAGGAGUCCCUCUGGGUCUACCCUAUCUACAUGGUCGGCGGUGGCAGCUUCGGCUACUGGCUCCAGGGCGUCGACGACAGGCAGACGGCCUUCCUCAACGAGCGCAAGUCGAUUCUGCUCGAGAAGCGCGCAAGGGCAGCGGCGCGCAAGGAGGCUGAUCAAUGA